UGCAUUCAUCCAUCGAGACGUCUCAUCAGCAUCUGUGUUUUACUCAACACCUCGACUGCUAUUGACAUCUGCGUUGAGAGUGAGGUAGAAAUACCUUAAGCUGGUUGACAUUUCUUCACUUGGACAGUUCUUCUCAACUUGGCAUAAAGGCUUCGGUGGGAGUCAACAGAAGUAACAGGAGCGGCGAUUUGGAGUCGAGACUUCGAUAGUCUGUUACUCACCGCUAUAAAGUUUUCAGAAGUUUUCAUCCAACUGACGCUCAGUUUGCCAUAAAGUCUCAAUAAUGGCAAACUCGGGCGUUCAGUUGCUUGGAUUUGGUCUCUCUCUCAUUGGCAUCAUUGGACUGAUCGUGGGCACCGUCCUGCCACAGUGGAAGAUGUCCGCGUACGUGGGUGACAGUAUUAUCACAGCAGUCGCCACCUACCAGGGACUGUGGAUGUCCUGCGCGUUUCAGAGCACGGGGCAGCUUCAGUGCAAAAUCUACGAUUCUAUCCUACAAUUGGACAGUGAUCUUCAGGCGACUCGGGCGCUAAUGAUUGUGGGUAUUAUUAUAUCCAUUGCUGGACUGGGUGUGGCCUGCAUAGGGAUGAAAUGCACCACUUGUGGAGCCGAUGAUAAAGUUCGCAAAUCUCGAACAGCAAUGACAGGUGGCAUCAUACUGCUAGUGGGAGCUCUCUGCGCAAUUGUUGCCUGCUCGUGGUUUGCCCACAACGUGAUCCGAGCAUUCUACAACCCCUUCACUCCGGUGAACACCAAGUUCGAAUUUGGAGCUGCCAUAUUCAUUGCAUGGGGUGGCUCACUUCUUGACGUGCUUGGAGGAGCUAUGUUGGCAGCCUCUUGCCCUCAAAGUAAACAAGUGUCAAAGUAUCCCAAAAGUAAUUCUGCACGAUCUACCACCGGCAACAAAGAGUAUGUCUGAACAAGACUGCCUCUCACUGGAGAGAGAGAGCAAUUUUUAUUAGGUGAACAAUUUCCUCAGCAGAUUAAUGGACUGAGCAUGUUGUUCUUUUAAAUUGGGUUUACAUGAAAGCUUAACAGGUUGCCACCCAUGGGGUGAAAAAAUUGAACGGCUUCAUUUUUGACAAUUUAAUGGGAAAACCAACAUUUAAGGGUUGCAUAAAAUGAGUGUAUGAUAUGUAUUUACAAAGAUCUUAAAAUGAAAAGUAUGCAGAAAUGUAGUGCCAGUUAUGAAUACGUAUGGCAGGCAAGAUCUCUCAGUGUUUCAAGGAAGCCCAAAGUUGUUUUCCCUCACAGAUAUAUUUAGAUAGUCAGGUCUCCUGGUGUUUUUAAGGUGUCCACUAGGUGGCACUAUAACUACAGGCUUAGCAGGUGUUACCCAAAAUGGAGGGGGAUAUUCAUUUUUUUAGCUAACAUUAUUAACACUGCAUGUAUGAUGAUCAUGCAUAUCUGAGUCACUCUUAUGUGAUACAUUUUAGUGUUUCAGAAAAACUGUCCAAGCUAUUCAAUGUUUAUUAUAUUACAAUAAACUCUUAUAUUACUUUGCCUAACUCAAAUCACCAUUAACACAAAACUUACAGUGUGCCAGUCACUAUUUUCUCCAUGAGCCCCUCUGAAUAUCUUUGACCUUCUUUUUUUAAAAUAUAUCUUGAUAUUGAGAGUGUUUGUGUAUUUACACAUCCCUGUAUGAAACUAUUGCUUAUAUUUUCAACCUUUUCUCUGGAUUAAAGUUUACUUCUUUGUA